AUGAAGAUGACAUCUCAGAGACAUGCCCGUUAUCUCUCAAUUGAUCUGGACAACGAUGUUACCCUGGUUUUCCCUAAGCCUAGUUGGCAGCUCAGAGCCUGCCUUGCCUCUGUGUUGAUCACCCCUGUCCUCUACCAACUCUACCUCAUUAUUGUCACCGUCAGAUACAUACUCUUCUUACAAACUUUUUCCUCUCCCCCACGUCCUGCUUGCCCUGUGGUUGACUUGAGUUGGACCGGAGUGUUUCCUUGUGAGCUGGGAUGGAGGGGGAGUGCACUAGCCGUUCUCAUUCUGUCAGCUGUGCUUAUCACCUGCUACUCACUCAUCACUGCCUGCUUGGUGAGAUGGAACCCUCGGAAACAAUGGAACUCAACCUCAUCAGCUUUUGAAAAACCGACCAAGUUCCAAGUGAUAGUUCAGAGUACUAAUCGACUGAUGUUGCCCCCCACUCUCAGUCUGUGUAUACUGUUACUGAUAUUCCGCUUACUGUUACAAUCAGGAGAUGUUGAAGCAAACCCUGGACCAACGCUUGGCUCAAUUCUGACUCUCGGUGAUUUGAAUUUUGUUUACAAGAACUUGAUAAAAGCUGCUGGAGACUGGUUAGACCUGGGACUUGAUCUGGGAUUAGAUCUUGGCACCCUCAAAGAUAUAAAAGAUGAGUGUCACAGGAACAAGGACUGCUUACGUGAAAUGAUAUCUACUCGCUUGAAGACUGGCCCUCUCACCUAUUCUGACAUAUGUCAAAGUCUCAGAGCACCAACAGUUGCACGAAAUGAUGUCGCUGAGGCUAUAGAGGAGGCAUGUACAGCAGAUGACGAUACUUCACCUGGGCCAUCUAGGAAAAGAUUAUCCACAGCGACUCCUGGACCAACCAAAUCCAAAUCCGAUAAUCAUUCCACCAUCCAACCAGAUGAAGCAAUAGGAAUUUAUCGAAUAUACUUAACUAGUAUUUACAAUACAACAUCCCUCCCUGCUGAUGACAAGUAUCCUCUCCAGUAUGUUAUGCAUUUUGUUAAUCUAGAAUGUGCGGAUGUAAGUAAACGUUUAUCGAGAAAAGAAAUGGAAGAGUCCUGGUCAGAAAUAGUUCAAGGCAAGCUGAAUAGAUUUCCUAGAGAGUCAAUUAAAAUGGACCAGAUAGCUUCCAAAGUAAAGGGCAAAUUCUCUAAACUAGUUGUCAUUAAAGGGGCUCCUGGAGGAGGUAAGACGACUUUGUCAUGGGAACUGUGCAGACGAUGGGCUAAUGGUGAAGUUUGGACAGAUUACUCCCUCGUUGCAUUGCUCCGACUUAGAGAUAAAAAUGUUCAGGAAGCUAUAGAAUUAGUUGAUCUACUUCAAUGUGGAGAUAUUGAUGUUUCUAAAAGUGUUUAUACUAUUAUCCGAAAGAAUCAAGGGCAGGGCGUUCUUUUCAUUUUGGAAGGCCUGGAUGAGUUGCCACCAUUCUUUAGAGAAAAUGAUUCCAUAUUUAUGAAGCUAAUAACCGGACGUCUUCUGCCAGCUAGUACCGUGCUUGUUACCACUAGGCCCUGGGCUGUAUGUGAUCUACCUGUUACUUGUAGCUCAAGAGUUGAUCAGUUCAUUGAAAUUUUAGGUUUUUCUUUGGAACAAAUUCAGGAGUACAUUGAUCUAAUAAUCAAAGAUGGGGCUCCAGCAGAACUACGUGAAUACAUUAACUCUAAUCCACGUAUCUCUAGUGCAAUGUACAACCCUCUUCAUGCCAGAAUUGUAGUCGAAGUGUACAGAGAAAACCAUGAGAAUAGCAAUAGCUGCAUAAUCCCCAACACAACAACUGAACUAUACACUGAAUACUGUCAAAUAUUGAUUAAAAGAUGUUUAGAGAGUGAUUGGAGUGGUGAGCUGAGUGAGUUACCUUCAUCACUUCAGGUACAUUUUGAUAAGCUCUGCCGAAUUGCAUACAAGGGAAUAACAAAAGAAAAACAACAAUUGGUUUUCUUUAAGGAAGAUGUUGUUGAUACUAAAACACUCGGAUUCAUGAACAGUGUACAUCCUUUACAUAAUAAAAGCAACAGUUCUCCAUCUUACAAUUUCCUUCAUCUAACACUUCAAGAGUUCCUCGCCGCAUUUUACAUCUGGAAAAAUGAAACUCCACACGAGCAGUUUAUUUUGUUUGAAACAAAGGCUCUUGAUGGAUCAUACAAAAUGAUUCUAUUGUUUUUAGCUGGAUUGACUAAACUGAAUGACCCAUGGACACAGUGUGUACUUCCAUCUCCUUACUUGUACUAUGAGGAAGGAUCGUCAAAAGCCGAGAGAAUGUGUAAAUUCUCAAUUGAUCAAAUUCUGUGGAUGUAUGAAAGCCAAAAUGUGCAAGCCAUGAAGGACUUGUAUUGUAAUGUGCUGUAUGAACCACCGCUAAAAUUUAAUGAUAAGACAAUUGAUCAGUUUGCACUUGGUUAUGUUUUAGCUUCUGCUCAUUUCAAAGUAACUGUAAUGGACUUUAGUAAAGGACUUCAUGAAGUUGUGGAUAAAUCUGAAAUGAUAUUAGCAGGAAUCAAAAAAGUUUCGCUUUCUUUUACUUUAAGAGUAAAGCAUCUGAUAAUGUCUAACACAUAUGUGAUUCCUCCUGAUUGGUGUACACUCAGUGAUAAGAUACUACCAGAAUUAGAAAGAGUCACUAUCAGUACCGGUAUGGAAAGAAUAAAGUGGUAUAGCCCUGAGAUUCCACAUGCAUCAACAAUAUUUGACGCUCUACAACAAUCUCCAAACUUAAGUGUAGUAGAGCUAGAUCUUGGCAUUUUAAAAGACACUGUAAAACAAAUACUUCACAUUUUGAAGCCAAAACACAGCUUGAAAGUUUUGAAAUGUACUCAAGUAUUGCCAGCUGAUGAAGAGUUGUUGUCUGACUUUAUCGCACAUUCUAGCAUUGAAAUGUUGGUGAUACAUUUGGUACCAAAUUCUAAAAGUACGCGCUCACCCCCCACAGAUACUGAAAAUAAUUGGUGUAUUUCAAUUGGAUUGAACGUGACUGAGUUUAAAAGGAAUAAAACGAAUAUUUUACCACAUUUACUGUUUGAACAUCCAUUUACUGUUAACGGAGGAACGUUUCCAACAGACGAUGCACAAAAACUGUCUACUAUCACAAACUUAGUUUCAAUCUUAAGCCACUGGAAACUAAGCCUACAAUAUCUGCGAUGCACUAUGCGAUGUCUUCAGUUGACCCCCGGACAAUCUGAGCUGUUUUUUAGGACUCUACUCAAUUGUCCGAUGCUUAAAGAAGUUGAUCUCAAAAGUGAAAUGAAAGGCCAAUUUGAAUAUUUCUGUAUCCCCCAGCACUUGCAAUCACUAACUUUGCAUUGUCCUGAUAAUGCCUGUGAAGUUUUACGUUAUCUCAAAGACAAUCGAUUACAUUCCAUUAAAAGCCUUGAACUUACAUGUCACAUUGACUACGAUUUUGAUGAAGCUAUUGGUGAGUAUCUACAGACUGACACAUCUCUAGAAGAAUUGACACUGUGUUAUAAUUUCCAAAGUAGCAUUAAUCAUGUAGUGCAGGGACUCCAAGUUAACACAUGUCUAACUAAGCUAACAAUUUCACCUUGUAAAACUGUCUCAUUUGUUCUCGCAAGGCUUGAUACUAUUGAACUGGUCAAAAUGUUUCAGCUUAAUACAACUCUACAAUUCAUUGAACUUGUGGUUCGUAAACUGUCGCCAAAUGAUUUACUACCCGUUUUGGAAGCAUUGAGAGAAAACAAUACAGUUAAAAAUCUGACACUCGGUCUGUAUUUUAUAGACGCUACAAAACGUGAGGGCCAAAAUGUUCCAUCAGUAUGUACACGUGAGUACACUGUUACCACUGAAGAAGCUGAAGCUGUUGGUAAUGUGUUAGCCAAGAACAAAACUCUAGAGGUGUUUCACAUCAUUGCUGAGAUCAUUGAGUGCUCUUCAAUUGUCAGGGGGCUAUUGGAAAACAAAACACUGAAAGAAUUCGGCACUUCUGAGAAAACAAAAAAGAAUAUCGUCACAUGUCCCGAGUACGUUAAUAUCAGACGAAGAAUUGUAUUUUGGGGCGUUCCCCUUUUGUACUAUAUUAAUGACUCUUGGUAGGCUUAUGAAAAUGCACGUUGACUAGGUAUACCUGUUAUACUGGUUUGUAUGUCUGGAAUGUUCAUGUUCAUGUAUAUUAUUGUCUGGAAUAUUUUUCCUACAUUCAUUCCUAUUAUAAAGUCACUUAUUUCAUCUCAUUUUUUUGUCCUGAUGAAUCGCUCAAUGCGAGGAAAAGCUUUGACUAUUGAAGUUGAAA